AUGUUCGCCCGGAGACGUCUGUUAAUCUCAGUGAAGGCGGUUCGGCAUUUCGCUGCCUCCGCCAGAUCAUCGCUAGGUUUGGCACAUCAAGUCUUCGAAAACCCCCAAGCUGCCGGAACCAAUGGGCGGCCGAUUAUAUUCAUGCACGGCCUCUUUGGAUCCAAGCAGAAUAACAGGGGUAUGAGUAAGGUUUUGGCGAGCCAAUUAGGGACAUCGGUCUAUGCCAUUGACCUUCGAAAUCAUGGUGACUCUCCGCAUGUGCCGGAGCAUAACUAUGAUGUGAUGGCGGACGAUGUUGAAUCAUUCAUAAAAGACCGCAACCUGGAGAAACCAGUUCUACUGGGGCAUUCGAUGGGCGCCAAAGCAGCUAUGCAUCUUGCUCUUCGGGCACCGGAUCUGAUCUCUGCGAUUAUUUCUGUGGACAAUUCCCCAACCAAGACCAAACUAAGUGAAAACUUUCCAGCAUAUAUCAAAACCAUGCAAGAAAUUGAGAAUGCUGGCGUAACCAAGCAGAGUGAAGCAGAUGAAAUCCUGCGGCGUGUUGAACCCUCGCUUCCUGUCCGGCAGUUCCUUCUUACAAACCUUGCCAGAGAUCAAAACGGACAGACUUUGCGAUUCAGAAUUCCAUUGUCAAUUCUUGGUGAAUCAUUACCACUUCUAGGAGAUUUCCCAUUUACUCAAUCGGAUGCUGUUCAAUUUAGCGGCCCGGCCCUCUUCCUCCGUGGAACGCGAAGUCGAUAUAUCACUGAUAAAUCGUUUCCUAUUAUUCGGCAUUUCUUUCCGAAUUAUAAGCUAAUGGACAUUGACGCUGGCCAUUGGCUUAUAUCUGAAAACCCCGACGCUUUCAAGACAGGCAUGUCAAACCCAUAG